CAAUCGGUGUCUGCUUUGUAUCCUGGGAUGUGAUAGGCUGUGGCGCUCAAUGUGACAGGUAGAGAAGGUUGCAUGCUUGUGUCACUAGCUCUCGGGUCUCAUGCAGACUGUAAUGUUCCAGCAGACAAUGUUUUAGUGACUAACGUGCAGAAAAGAAGAACAGUUCACCUAUGCAAGAUCUCUGACUGGAGGGCAUUAAUGUGCCCUCUGCCCCUCUGAGAGCCCCUGCAUAAGUCAUGCUCUUUACCCUCUGCUACGUAUAUCUUUGGUUGCGGUUUCGGUCCACUUAUGCGUUGCUGAUCAGAACGUCUGUGCGCAGGCUCCAUAGGACAAGCUCCUUCACAUUCUGUACAGAGCUGGUUCAUUCUCAGAAACAAGCGAAAGUUGAUGGAGGCUGCUUGAAGGUUGGCAGCAAAAUCUUUUUCAUUGAGGGUUCCAAGCCCUUUGAAGAUCUGAACAAGUGGAGCCUCCUUGCUGAAUCGUCUUGUGAUAGGGAUCAGGGCGCGGGGCAAAUCACCUUUAUAACUGAGAGUAUUUCUUUACCUAGCGAAACCUUAUCAGCUGCAUCAUUCACUUCCCAAAAGAUUCAGAAGCUGUCUGAAUAUUGUUUGCCACUAGCACUAUGUCCUGGCGACUCCUUUAAAUUACUUGCUGAAGCCAGUGUGGAUAACUUCAGCGAACUUGGAAUUGCUUUUAUGGAAGACAGGCUGCAGAUGGAUAAUGGAUUUCUUCCUCAGAAAAUUACAUCUGUACAUGUCAACGAGCUGUCUUUAAAGGAUAAGCAACACGUAUCCAAAGAGGCAGACCUAAACCCAGCAGUAAAUAGUGGUACAUUGUUAUUUGAUCAUCCUCUUUUUGGGAAUUCUAAAACUUCAAUGGGAGUGGUGGAAAGCACCGAAAUAAGUGAAGAAGACACAAUGUCUAACCAAGACAAUGAAUCCCGUGUGAAUGAUGAACCUACAACUGAUCACCGUCAUUUGCAUCUUUCCAGUUGUCAUGAAUGUCUGGAACUAGAGAACUGCACUAUAGAGUCUGUAAGAUUUGCAUCAGCAGAGAACAUUCCUGACCUUCCUGAUGAUUUAGAAGACAGUGUAAAUCACAGUUGGUUAAAAGAUAAUGCAAAGUCUAAUUUGACUGGGAAGCCUCCUAACGUUCUUGUGUAUACUGGUUCUACACCUGGUGACCGCUUUGAACAAAUCAAGUUAGUUCUCCACCAUUGUUUUGACUCCUGCAGAUAUGUAGUUUACCCUCUUCAUGAGGAGCAAAUUCACAAAGCUCCUUGGAUGGAUAACUGUUUAUUGUUAGUCAUAGUAGCUGAAGAUCCAAUUUCUGCAGAAGUCCACAAGCGUUUCCUUACUUAUUUAUCUAAAGGUGGAAAGAUUCUGGGCCUCUCUUCAUCGUUUACAUUUGGCAAUGUAAUAAUAACCAGCAAAUGUGAAUUAAAUGAAUCUAUCCAGAGUUUGAUUUUUGAUGAACCCAAUUCCAAUCAAACAAUAUUUGACGUGAUGGCCAGUGGCAAAGUAUUUAAGAAGAACACUAAUGAAACACAUGAUAAUGUGGCAUCAUGGGGAUAUUUAAACAAUGACUGUAAAGACCUGAUGAUGGUUCACCAAACAUAUGGAGACAAUGGAGGAGAAGCCAUUCUUUGUCAGGUUCAUUUGGAAUUGUCUCCAGAGUCCCUAACUGGUCAUAGCAAAGAGACUUUUGAUGUCCUGAAGAAGAGCAACUCCAAAAGGUUUGAAGUGUUAACCCAGAUAUUUACCAGCCUUGGCCUUGACUGUGAUGUGAGAACUCCUCCUUCAUUAACCCCUGUUUACCUGCUAACUUCAGAACAGGACGAUCAUUCUGUUGUGCUCCAGUGGCUACAAACAAGAGCAGACAAAGAUGGGUUAAUAAAAUCUAACAAGAUGUCUCUCAAACUGUGUCCAGUUGUCCAGCCUGAAAUGGUCAUAAGUCCAUCCCAUGUACCACUCAUUACGGGGGCAGACAGUAUCUCCUCCGAAGACUUCAGCCUGAAAACCUAUAGAGAGAAUCUGCACACUGAGAAGCUUGGCAAAAUUGUGCUCUUUGCUGAAGUUACCACAACAACAUUCAGCCUCCUGGAAGGGUUGAUGUUUCAUGAACCAAAGGAAAUGGGGUUAAUUGCUAUUGCGGCCCAGCAGACUCAAGGCAAAGGUCGUGGUGGGAAUGUCUGGCUCAGCCCUAAAGGUUGUGCAUUAGUCACACUGCAUGUCUCUAUACCAUUGUUAUCUAACUUGGGUCAGAGGAUUGCUUUUGUGCAACACCUUAUGGCCCUGGCUGUGGUGGAAGCAGUGAGAUCCAUACCCGGAUAUGAGGACAUCGACUUAAGAGUGAAAUGGCCGAAUGAUAUCUACUACAGUGAUUUAAUGAAACUUGGGGGCGUCUUAGUAAAUUCCACACUAAUGGGAAAUACUUUCAAUAUUCUAAUUGGCUGUGGAUUCAAUGUCAGUAAUAGCAACCCAACAAUUUGUAUCAACGAUCUCAUCAUGGAACACAACGAGGAGAAUCAUACCAGCAUUGAACCUCUGAGAGUAGAUAACCUGAUUGCCAGAACUGUGACUUCUUUAGAAAAGCUUAUUAAUAUAUUUCAGAAGGAUGGACCCAAUGGCGUCUUACCUGUUUAUUAUAAAUACUGGGUACAUAGCGGGAAGCAGGUUCGACUUGGAAGUGAAGAUGGACCAUUGGCUUGGAUAGUUGGUUUGGAUGAUUCUGGGUUCCUACAAGUUCUUCAGGAAGGAAAAGAUGUUAUAACUGUUCAUCCUGAUGGCAACUCCUUUGACAUGCUUAGGAACCUGAUCAUACCAAAGCAUUAAUCAUUUCACGGUUCUUUCCCUUAAUAUAUUGUUGAAUAUAAACAUUCCUAAUGCAAGAUUCCAGCUUAAUUACCUUAAAUAGAGUUUAGCUUGUUUUGUAAGUAAUAUAUCUGAUGAUUACAAUAAUUAGGAACAAUUUAAUCUAUAUAAAAAAACACAAUUCUAACGAUCUGACCUACAAAUACCAUGUUAUAGCUAUGAUAAUACAUAAUAGAUGGUUAUUUUUUUUAGACAAUCAAGAUAAUACAUUAAAUUAAAACAUUUGUUUAAUAUCUAUUCAGAUCAACAUUCAAAUAAUUCAAUGACAUUUGUGCUUUCCAAUUAAUUGAGCAACAUGAUCACUUUCCAUAGAUUAGAUGGUAUCUGUUGGUUAUGCCUACUGUACACUUAUUUAAAAAAGAGAGUAAAUGUUAUCAUUGUUUAAAGGGACAUGAAACCCAAAAUCUUUCUUUCAUGAUUUAGGUAGAACAUACAAAAUCUUUCUUUCAUGAUUUAGGUAGAACAUACAAUUUUAAACAACUUCCCAGUUUACUUCUAUUACCAAAUUUACUUCAUUCUCUUGGUAUGCUUUGUUGAAGGAGCAGCAAUGCACUACUGGUUUCUUAUUGAACACAUGGGUGAGCCAAUGACUAUCGGUAUAUAUAUAUGCAGCCACCAAUCAGCAGCUAGAACCUAGGUUAUUUGCUGCUCCUGAGCUUUCCUAGAUAAACCUUUCAGCAAAGGAUAGCAAGAGAAUGAAGCAAAUUAAAUAAUAGAAGUAAAUUGGAACUUUGUUUACAAUUGUAUGCUCUGUCUAAAUCAUGAAUGUCUGUCUGAUUAUAACUUUACUGUCCCUUUAAGUGAUUGAUUAUAUUGUGCAUGGGAUUUGUGCAUACUUACAUAUGGCUCAUGCACUCACAUUUACAGUUGUUGGUGGGUCAGACAACAUUGGCCCUUAUAACAUAUGCAUUUCUGCUUGCAUACUGACCUGGGAAUGCAAGUGCACAAGACAUACAAAAGUAUGCUCUACAAAACAUGCACAGCAAAAACUAUAACGGUGAUAGUUUUUACUAGAAUCACAUUUGCUUAAUAAAUUAUAUUACAAAGUGCUUCUUAUCAAAACCUAAUUAAACUAAUGAAAUGUCCCUUAAAAUGUACAUGGGUUUCCAAAUCUCCGCCACUCUUCUAAUAGAGCUUGUUUUGUAUUUCCUUUUCACAAUAAAUAAUCUAAUGUUAAAUAAUAUUAAACUUGCUAUAUUGCAACACUCCAUAUUAUGCUGUUAAUAAAUAUGUACAGAUAUUUCCUUCUAAAGGGGAGGAGAGUCCACUGCUUUAUUUAUCACUUGGGGGAAAUAAGAACCUGGCCACCAGGAGGAGGCAAAGACACCCCAGCCAAAGGCUUAAAUACCUCCCCCACUUCCCUCAUCCACCAGUCAUUCUUUGCCUUUCGUCUCUUAUGGAGGGUCGGUCUGGAGUUUUAAGUAGUCCUGGACUCCUGUCAGCCUCUCAGGGAGAGCAUGGGUGAAAGUUAGAGUCCAGAGAUGCAGGGGGAGUUCUCCUGCAAAACCAUCCCGACUCAUAUUAACAGUUCCAUAAGCAAUCAGCGUUGACGAGUUUCCCUGCCUGCUUUUAUUCUCUCCAUGUCAGGAGCGACACUACUAACCUGUCACAUUUGAGGGGCCGUGUUCCUGUUCCACGGCGUUGAUUCUGGUAAGAUCGUUUUUAUAUAUAUAUAUAUAUAUAUAUAUAUAUAUAUAUAUAUAUAUAUAUAUAUAUAUAUAUAUAUGUGUGUGUGUGUGUGUGAUAUAACGCAAGAAGACAGGGUCACAGUGUAACUCCUUUUAUCUGUAUAGAAUCUAGGGUUAAACCCUCGGAAGGGGGUUAUGGAACAGGUGGGAUUUUAAUAUACAUAAUAAUGUUUAUUGUGUUUUUCUUUGCUGCACUUGUGUGAGAUGAGGCCUGUCGAUGUAGAACAGUUAGAGAGAGUUUGAGGCGGGCUUUUUGGCAUGUCUCUCUCUCAGUGCAGGGGCGGUCCUGCAUGGCAUUCCAUGUGACCGGGUGUGGCUUCGUAACUUCCUCUUUUUCCACCUGUGUUCGGAGGAGAUGAAAGCUGUUUCUUGUAGUCCGGGUCAUAGGAGGUGGUGAGUGCCCCGGCCAUUGAGAUAUAUAUAAUCUAUAAUCAAGUCCGUAAUAAAGGCGCAAGCUAUGGAGGACUCUGAUAUGUUGGAGGGUACUCCUUUCUUAUCUAAAUCUACUAACUGUGUAUACUGUUAGGAGGUUCUGGUCGAACCGCGAUUACAUCUCUGUUCCACAUGUUAUGACAAUAUUACUACUUCUAAAAAGAAUAAAGUAUUUAGUACAACUGAGCCUUCCACCUUUGAGGGUUCUUCAUCCCGUGAGGUGUGUUUCCUACAAACAUCUCCGACUACACAAGCAGUUCCCCAGGGCACUACUAACCCUCCCGUGGGAGGGGCCCUUUGGUCUCCAGAUUUUGCCAAUCAAUUGCAAACGGCGGUCUCUGCGGCCAUAAAUGCGAUGCCUCGUCCUACUAAGCGCAAGCGGAAGGUACGGCACAGCUAUCCAUCUCAGGGGUCUUCGACUCCACGGGAUAUCUCGGACAGAUUAUCUGCGGAGAAGGACAAUUCCGACUUAUCGGAGGAUGACGCUUCUGAGUCGGAAUCGGCUACUUCAAGGCCUCCGUCUGCGGAGGAAUCAGAUUUCAAAUUUAAGAUGGAGCAUUUGCGUUUCCUGCUGAAGGAAGUGCUUGCUACGCUGGAGGUUCUGGAACCGAAGCUACCAGAGGAACCUUCAAUCCCUAAAUUGGAUAGGGUUCACGAGAACAGGAUAGUGCCCCAGGCCUUCCCGGUUCCUAUCAAAAUGGCGAACAUUAUUACAAAUGAAUGGGAGAAACUAGGUUCGCCCUUUUCUCCCUCGUCUUCUUUUAAGAAGCUUUUCCCCCUCGUCUUCUUUUAAGAAGCUUUUCCCCCUUCCAGAUGCGCAGCUUGAACUGUGGGGAACCACCGUCUUUAAGGUGGAUGGUGCCAUCUCCACGCUCGCUAAGAGAAAGACCAUUCCGCUUGAGGAUAGCUUCUCUUUUAAAGAACCCAUGGAUAAAAGGAUUGAGUCUGUUGCGGAAGAUGUUCCAACUGACGGGGUUCAUUCAGACUUGUCCCAACAGAUAUCUCUGGACAGACCGGUGAGGGAGUCCCUGUCUUGGUGGACCCGACCGGGUCAGUUGUCCCAGGGGCCUUCUUUCCUGAGAUCAUCCUGGGAGAUUGUAAUCACGGAUGCGAGUCUAUUAGGUUGGGGAGCCGUUCGGGGUACCAGAAAGGAUCAAGGCAGAGGAAUCGAGCCUACCUAUAAACCCUCUGGAACUUUGAGCGAUUUUCAACGCUCUGAAGGCUUGGCCCCCUCUGGGGUCAUCCCAAUUCAUCAGAUUCCAAUCGGACAACAUCACCUCGGUGGCUUAUAUAAACCACCAGGGGGGAUGAGAAGCUCCCUAGCAAUGAGGGAAAUAGCUUGGAUUCUGGAAUGGGCAGAGACUCGCAAUUGUUCGCUCUCAGCGAUCCACAUUCCGCGUGUGGACAACUGGAAAGCAGAUUUUCUGAGCAGACAGAAUUUUUAUCCAGGAGAAUGGUCUCUCCACCCGAGAUGUUUGCGGAUAUCUGCAGCAGAUUGGGGAUGCCGUAAAUAGAUCUCAUGGUGUCCAGACUCAAUUGCAAGCUACCCAGAUAUGGGUAGCGAUCCAGGGAUCCCCAAGUGGAACUGAUAGACGCCUUGGUGGUACCCUGGGACUUCAACCUAAUCUACAUAUUUCCACCGUUGCCUCUUCUACCUCGAGUAGUGGCCCGCAUCAAGCAGGAGCAAGCUUCGGCUAUUCUGAUUGCUCCGUCGUGGCCGCGGAGGACGUGUUUUGCGGAUCUAGUGGCGAUGUCGUCUUAUCCGCCGUGGAACUUACCUUGUCGCAAGGACCUUUUAGUUCAAGGUCCUUUUCUACAUCAAAAUCUCGAGUCUCUGAGGCUGACUGUGUGGAGAUUGAACGCCUAGUCUUAGCUAAGAGAAGUUUUUCGGAGAGAGUGAUCUACACUCUCGUCCAGGCCAGGAAGCCGGUCACUAGAUGCAUCCACCACAAGGUGUGGAGGACCUACUUGUCCUGGUGUGAGGAACAAGGAUACCCUUGGCACAGGGUCAAGGUAUCCAGAAUUUUGGCCUUUCUCCAGGAUGGUCUGGAUAAGGGUCUUGCUGCCAGUUCCCUAAGGGGACAGAUCUUGGCUUUAUCGGUACUGUUGCACAAAAAGCUUGCAGAGCCUCCUGAUAUUCAGUCCUUUGUUCAGGCUCUGGUUAGGAUUCGACCGGUUUUCAGGAUUCCGGCUUCUCCCUGGAGCUAAAACUUGGUGCUUAAGGUCUUGCAGAGGGCUCCGUUUGAUCCUAUGCAUGCACUGGACAUUAAGAUUCUCUCAUGGAAGGUCCUGUUGUUAUUGGCUAUUGCUUUGGCACGCAGAGUCUCUGAGUUGGCGGCCUUACAAUUUGAGCCUCCUUACUUGAAAGCCAUUCUGCGAACCGGUAUGGGAUUUCUUUCCAAGGUAGUGUUGAGUCGUAACAUUAACCAGGAAAUAGUGGUUCCUUCCUUGUGUCCUAACCCAUCUUCUUCAAAGAAGAGGUUACUUCAUAAUCUGGAUGUGGUUCGGGCCUUGAAGUUUUAUCUUCAAGCCACAAAGGAGUUCAAACAGACGUCGUCCUUAUUCGUUGUGUAUUCUGGAAGGCGCAGGGGGCAGAGGGCCUCUGCAACUUCUCUAUCUUUUUGGUUGAGGAGUAUGAUCCGUCUGGCUUAUGAGACAGCGGGACAGAAGCCUCCUCAGAGGAUUACGGCUCACUCGACUAGAGCUGUGGCCUCUUCUUGGGCCUUUAAGAAUGAGGCUUCUAUGGAGCAAAUUUGUAAGGUGGCUACCUGGUCAUCUUUACAUACUUUUGCAAAAUGUUUUGCUUCAGCGUAAGCAGCUUUUGGGAGAAAGGUUCUGCAGGCUGUGGUGCCCUCAGUAUAGGGUUCGCCUCCUUUACCCUCCCUUUUUCUUCAUUCAGUGUCCUCUAGAGCUUGGGUAUUUGUUCCCACAAGUGAUGAAUGAAGCAGUGGACUCUCCCCCCAUUUAGAUGGAAAACAUAAAGUGGGGAGGAGAGUCCACUGCACCUUCCUGUUCUCCAGUGGGCGGACCCAAUUUUUUUUUUUUGUUCUUCACACACCACUUAUACCCUGAUAUUUCUCCUACUGUUCCUUGUUCCCUUGGCAGAAUGACUUGGGGAUGAGGGAAGUGGGGCUUAUUUAAGCCUUUGGCUGGGGUGUCUUUGCCUCCUCCUGGUGGCCAGGUUCUUAUUUCCCACAAGUGAUCAAUGAAGCAGUGGGCUCUCCUCAACACGAUGGAAAUGAAAUUAUCAGGUAAGCAUAGUUUAUGUUAUUCAUAUCUAUUUUUUUUUAUUUAGAAAGAAUCUUUCUCUCUACAUUGGGGGGGGGGGUCUGUUACUUAUUCAUUAUGUUGCAUAAUAGUUUUUGUUAAAAAACAACAACUUUGAACUUUAUAGAAGAAAUUCUGGACGUUUCAUAGCUUUUAGGUUUAAAUCAGUCUAAAAACCCCUAGUUGCAAAUUACAAAAAAAUGUGGUAUACUGGACAUACAUGCCUAUUUCCCUUUUUUAAAUCAGUUAUGCAUGGUACUUGUUCCUGUAGUUUUACAAUAUAAUUGCAUAUAAUUAAUGUCUUAUUCACAUGAAUAUUUGUGUUGUGUAUUUUUGAGUUUAUGUAUCACACAAUCUCUAAAGACAGACUCACAUUAAAAGCAGCAUUCACUACUAUUGCUUACCACAUCCAGAAUAUCAAGGUUAAAACUGUGUGUGUGUGUAAAACGCAUAUACAAACGCAGAUUUUGUUUGUAUAAAUAUUUUUUUAAUUUCACAAUGCUCUUAAGUGUUAUGUACUGGUUUGGUUUACAUGUAAAGUAAGUUUAGCGCAAAUUUUAAUAUUGCCUAUUAGUAGGAAGUCAAUAGCAGAUGUGGGAAUGCUGUAUUAACUAUUAAUUGUAACCAGAGGUUUUGUUUUGCAAAGAAAUCUAAAAGCCUACACUCAAUAUAAAUCUUUAAAUAGUGGUUUCAAAUUUGGGAACAUAUUGAUAAAACUAUUCAUUCUUCUCCUACCUGUAGAAAAGGGGUUAACUUAUUUUCUUGACACAUGUAUGUUAAAAUAUAUCCAAGAUCACAGAUUAAAUAAAGUCUUCCAAGUCC